GGUCACCCUGGUCACGUUUUUCAGUGUGUGUGAAGCUGUGAAGUCACCGAAAUUCUGAAAACACGCGUGACAAGAUCAUUAAGAGUCAAGUUCAAUUUCCUGACCGCCAACAUGUCCGAAGUGUCGGCCUUUCAAAUGAGACAAGCCCUCGAUGGCACCCAGAGUGACAAGAAGAAGCGCAAAAUCUUGAAGAAAGGCCAAAAGAGACCGCCCAUUAGUGAGGCCACAGUUCAAGCGGAAAUGCAGAUCCUUCACAAGAUGUCGAAGAGCCCCAAAGCCAAGAAGAGCAAUAAAGCCAAUGCGGGCAAGGGACAAAUCGUCUUGAGUAAUGGCACUGUCUUCAACACUACGAAGAAGAAUAGUCCCAAAAAAGUCAGUCCUGGCCACCAAAAGAGAGCUCCCAAAGAGCGCCUUACCAAAGAUGUGACGGAUUCCAGUGAUGGCGGGAGUUCAGGGGAUGGAGGAGAUUCCAUGGACAACCAGAAUAGUCCUCCGGAAGUGGAAUGCUUGAACGGAGAUGAUGUUCCUCUAGUGGAAGAGGUCAUGAGCGAGAUGUGGAACGAUUCAACUGAUGAUGAUGGCGAAGCCAACCUCAAACCGGGUCGACUCGGUGCCAGGAAUAAACGGGCUUCUCAGAGGGAUAUCGAGUUAAAUGGGGACAACUUCAUGAAGAUGGUCCUCAAAUCCAAUUCCAAGAUGAUCCACAAAGCAGCUGCCACCUCGGACGAAGACGAACAAGCCAAAUCUGAACAUGAAGAGGAUGGGUUCACGGAGAAACUUCGUGAGGCAUUCAAAUUGGAUGGCAAUGGUUUGAAGCCCAAAACGGGAUCCAAGAGAAAAUUGGAAAGUGGCGAUGACAAGACCAAAUUGAAGAAGAAGAAAAAGAAAAGCAAAGAGAAUGGAGCACCAAGUAAGGCGUGCUCGAAUCUCAAACCCGUCGAAAAGGGUAGCCUAGAACUUGGACGCGAGACUUUGGCCUGGAUAAUCCACCCCGUCGAGGUGGAUCAGUUCUUCGAAGACUCGUGGGAGAACCGCCCUGUCCACAUAAAGAGAGGCCAGAGCAAAUAUUACAAGGACAUCUUCUCCACCAAAGUCUUUGACAACAUCUUACGCGACAAACACGUGACCUUUGGCAAGAAUCUCGAUGUGACGAGCUUCAGCAAUGAUCAAAGAGAAACGCACAAUCCGAUUGGCCGAGCCUACCCGCCGGUGGUUUGGGACUUCUACAACAAUGGUUGCAGUCUUCGCAUGCUCAAUCCACAGACAUUCCACGAGCCAGUGUGGCGUCUCUGUGCCACGCUCCAAGAGCUCUUCGGGAGCAUGUGUGGAGCCAACAUCUACCUAACCCCACCGGGCACCCAAGGCUUCGCACCUCAUUACGACGAUGUCGAGGUCUUCAUCCUUCAAUUGGAAGGCAAGAAGCGUUGGAGGCUGUAUGAGCCUAGGACGCAAAACGAGAAGCUCCCCCGAUUCUCCAGCACCAAUUUCAAGCAGAACGAGAUCGGAUCGCCCAUCAUGGAUAUCGUCCUGGAAGCGGGCGACAUGCUCUACUUCCCGAGGGGUACCAUACACCAAGGCAAUUGCUUCGAAGAUAUUCAUUCCCUGCAUAUCACCAUUUCCGCCCAUCAACUGAACACCUAUGGGGAUCUCUUGGAGAAGGUGGUCCCUGUGGCCUUGCAGAUCGCCCUGCAGGAAUGUGAAGACUUACGGAAAGGCCUUCCGAUUAACUACCUGAGCUAUGCUGGCAUUGCCAACUCCGACAACGAUGGAGCUGCUCGAACCAAGUUCAUGAGCACCGUCGAGAGCUUAAUGGGCAAGCUAUUCACCUAUGCCCCCGUGGACGCCGGGGUGGAUCAAAUGGGCAAGCGGUUAAUGCACGACUCACUGCCCCCUUACCUCACUCCCAGAGAGGUAAAUCGGUGCGUCGAAGGGGACGGGGAGAAAUGGUCUGCCACCAAACAGACCGUGGUCAAUCGCGUCGAGAUCGACCCCCAAACCGAGAUCCGCCUUCUCAGGGCCAACUGCAUGCGACUUGUGACGGAGGAGGAUGCGGAGAGCGGCGAGGAUGUCCUGAGGAUCUAUCACAAUGUCGAUAACACUCGCCAGUUCCGAGAGGUCGAGGAGCCGCAGUUCGUGGAGAUCGAUCGAGAUCUGGCCCCGGCUGUGGAAGCGCUUCAGAACAUUUACCCGAACUUUAUUAAAGCUGAGAACCUUCCCUUGGAAGGUCUGGAUGAGCGGAUGCGGGUUGUCCAAGAUCUGUGGGAAAGAAAAGUGAUCAUGACGAGGGAACCUUUGGAAAGUCAUUACGAUGACGUGGACUAGGCAGUUCAUGGACGUGUGUCUCUCUCUUUUUCUCGAUCUAUCUCUCCAAAUUAUCCAUUUGUUUGAUGUUGUUGAAUAAAGAUGAAACAUUUUUCAGAGAAAUAAGAAAA